AUGUUAAGUGGAUAUGACCCUAAUGCAUUGUGGGUGGCACUCAGCGAAUGUAGCGACGGAAAUCUCUUUAACGUUUACCCAAAGCUGUUGGCCGAACUUCUCAUACAAGAAGAUGCGGCAAGACUGGAAGGCGAUACUAGUGAAGCGGAAAAGCUGGUCCUGCCGAGUGAUAAAGAGUGGAGACUCACUCAGUAUUUCCAUCUUGUCGCAAUGCAAAAGACUUUGGAUGUCGAUCAGCAAGACUUAGCGAAAUUACCCUCGCUGUGCACAGGUGUAUUUGGAAUAUUAUAUUUUACAGAAGAAGAUGUUAAAAAAGAAAACAACAUCAUCGUGGAGAUUGCCGAAGAAUGGGCACCUUGGAGUUUGGUUGUGUCAACUAAGAACCCGAAUGCUCCCCCACCGGUCUCUGUCAAAACUACCACAGGUCCGGCUUGGGAUAUCGGGCAGGUCCUAAAAGCAGCUCGUCUCCUGUGCAAGCCCCCAUUAGAUGUAGACUUCGAAGAUGAACAGGAAAUGCGUUGUGUUUAUUCUCUCAUCUACGACGUUUUCAGAUACAAAUCAGUAUUGGACCAAGCUAUUGAAGAUAUUGACUUUUUCGGUGACUUUCCACAGUUAAUAGAGCAUCGUCACACAACAUGGCUAUUUCUAAUGGAGCUUGCUCGUCGUCGCUGGAUGGCGCGAGCUCGAAACGAGGUGGAACGAGCAACGCGGCUGUUGAAUGAAGCUGGUCACCCCUUCAAAGACGUGGAAAAUAUAAUUUGGGAACAGAGAAUUCACUUUGCCGCUGCUAUUGCUAGGAUACGCAUCAAAAAUAAAGCGUUCACUUUAUCAGAUCUCUUACCGAAUCACUUACGUGAAGAGAGGAUAUCUGCGUGUGUAAAUAAAGAUACAGUUACGGGUUGGGUUAACACUUUUAAAGCCAAAAAAGUGGCACUGCUAGUGAAAAGGCUGUCUGAUCUUGGAUACUCUUAUAGUAACUCUCGUCAACUAUGCGCUGGUGAAUAUAGAUUUGAUCGUGUUUGUCCAAGAUUUAUAACGCUACGUCCCCCAGACAAUAUAAGCGUUGGUCAAAUAGAUUUAGUCAAGGAAGGAGUCAUCGUUCUUCAGGAGCGCGAAUUCUGUGAAGGCGCAUCGACACUAUGCCGAGCUCUACGCGCGAACGCUCUACGUGGCGUGGUAGCGCAAACGCACGCAUCAUCCCCUCGAUGUUCUGCGUACUUAGCUGCUCAGCUGAAGGAGUUAGCUGCUGUACUAAAAGCAGAGACUCCUGCAGCACCCGCCACGCCAGAGCUGGGCAAAUUAGUUGUAUUCGGCGCUGGCGAUAAAGUAGAAAGCUACGUAUGCGCAUUACGGGAGCUCGGCAUUGAGGCGUCAGAGUUGCCUCAAUCAACUGCAGCAGUGUGCGUACUGAGUGACCCCGUGCAUGGAGACACGCCGCUGGUGGCCAGCGCGCUGGACGGAGUCGUGGCGGUGUUGGCCACACCGCCCAACUCUUACUCAGCAGUUACCGAUCCAAUCGAUCUGGUAUGUGGAAGAGGAGGGGACUUAGCUAUGCUUGAAAUUUUGACUGAAUCGGAAAUAGAUUCUAACGGAAAGGCGCGAGUGCAAUCUAUAUUGGAAGAACAAAAGAAAACAUUAAAGACACUUUUGUCAAAACCGCAGAUUCAGUUGAUUUUAUACGAAACACAUUCAGCUUUAGAAGCAGAGAAUCAGGCUCAAGUGACUCGUGCAGUGGCUGAAGCCAACAGACUCGCCAGAGAAAGACACGCGUUACUCAAAAAGAAACAUAGAGAUCAUACACCAAAACAUAAAGAGCCCACUGAAGCAGCAAUAACUGAUUCUUGUACAUCAUUGGAACAAUCUGAGGAUCUUGAUAAGGAGGAUAACGAAGAGGACUGUUCUACUUAUCGCUCUCAGAAGAGACCAAUGUCUUCUCCUCCAACUACUGCAAGGACAAUGUCGGAGAGUGGAGAGACUGUUCUAAAGAAACGGGCAGAGAGUGCCGACGUCGCAUGGCGCCCAGGGUAUAAUAAGGCUCGACCGAUUCCUGAAAUGAAAGUUGUUGAAACCGAACCGUUUCCUAGAGAUCCAGAUAAAGACAGCCCCAAUGUUGUUGUGCCGGACUGUGAUUUGUUUGAAAUUCAAAUGCUACCAAGCCUUGGGAACGGUCUGGAUAUCAAUUACAUACUCGACCGUGACGGAUGUUACUUGGGGCUUAUACAACGAAAGGAGAUCACUCGGCUAGACGCCAAGUACAUGAUACGAGUGGCGGAGGAGCGCGGUCUCUUCGGCAGCGCGCCCACGCAGCGGCGCAAGCGCAAUGAGCAGCCUGUCGUCGCGCCGAGGAGGCGGCGGAAAAAGAAUAUCACUUUUGAGGCAGCCCCCACAUACGCCUCGCUCUGCCGAUCCAACCGACGGGGCUCUGCCCCCGCCUGCCUGCACGAGGCCGGCGAGGGCGCCGCGCCGGCGCGCGUGUGCUCCAAGCACGCCCGCCGACACGCCGCCGCCGCAGCGUACACUGCUGCCUGCACUUGUGACGCUAGACAUCGGCACCAAAACAAGCCGCGUCGCGCGUCAGCUGACGUGACCAUACAGCGCCCCUUCUCCCCGCCGUGCCGCCGGCCCUUCCCACUCGUAGUGCACGACCUGCGCCUCAAAGACGUUUUCCCACACAAAGUUGUUGUA